AUGGAUGAUUCUACAAAAGGCAAAAAGAAAAAGUCAAAGAGCCAGGAUGUAAGCAAAAUUCAAACCGAAAAUGAUUUUGCACUUGAGUCUUCAAAUAAAACAGCAAAACUUGAUUCUUCAAACUGGCCUUUACUCUUGAAGCAUUUUGACCGCCUGAAUGUAAGAACAAACCAUUAUGUACCAAUUCCAAAUGGAGCGUCUCCAUUAAAAAGAGAUAUUUCAGAAUAUGUAAAAUCGGGUUGUAUCAAUCUAGAUAAACCAAGUAAUCCCAGUAGCCACGAAGUGGUAGCAUGGAUUAAAAGAAUCCUUAGAGUAGAAAAAACUGGCCAUUCUGGAACACUUGACCCAAAAACUACUGGUUGCUUAAUUGUUUGCAUCGAAAGAGCAACUAGAUUGGUCAAAUCUCAACAAUCUGCAGGUAAGCAAUAUGUAUCAGUUUUUAAGCUUCAUUCUGCUGUUGAAUUUAAAAAAGUUGUACAGUCACUCGAGAAACUAAAAGGUGCUUUAUUCCAAAGACCACCUUUAAUUUCUGCUGUUAAAAGACAGUUGAGAGUCAGAACUGUUUACGAUAGCAAAUUGUUGGAUUAUGAUGAGACCAGAAACAUGGGUGUUUUUUGGGUAAAAUGUGAGGCUGGAUCCUACAUUCGUACCAUGUGCGUGCAUUUGGGGCUACUUGCAGGAGUAGGAGGACAAAUGUUGGAGCUACGAAGAGUUAAAUCAGGAAUUCAGAGUGAAAUGGACGACACUGCAACACUACAUGACGUUCUAGAUGCCCAAUGGCUAUACGAUAAUCACAAAGAUGAAAGUUACUUAAGAAGAGUGAUCAAACCUUUAGAAUCAUUACUUAUCCACAUGAAACGAAUAAUCAUGAAGGACAGUUCAGUAAAUGCAGUUUGUUAUGGCGCCAAAAUUUUAAUACCAGGUAUCCUUAGGUACGAAGACGGUAUUGAAUUAAAUGAAGAAAUUGUCAUUGUAACCACAAAGGGCGAAGCUGUGGCAUUAGCAAUAGCUCUAAUGACAACUUCAACCAUAGCUAGUUGUAAUCAUGGGGUAGCAGCUAAAAUUAAAAGAGUAAUAAUGGAGAGGGAUCUGUACCCAAGGAAAUGGGGCUUGGGACCCAGAGCUAGCCAAAAGAAGAUCCUUAUCGCCAAGGGACAAUUAGACAAACAUGGAAAACCAAAUGAGACUACACCUAAAGAAUGGUUAAAUAGUUAUGUAGAUUAUUCUGUUCCUAAAGAAUCUGCAGAAAGUGGAUCUCAAGAGGAAACUGAAGAAAAGAAACGAAAGUUAAGCACUGCUGCAUUCAAUACUUCAACUGAGGAUACGGAAGAAAAGCCUGAAAAGAAGAAAAAGAAGAAGAGGAAGGUUGAAAAUGAUGAACAAGGUGAAGAGGCUUCCACGUCAGUCGUUGAACCUGAAGCAGAAGCUAGUACAGAGAAGACAGAAAAAAAGAAAAAGAAGAAGAAGAAAGAUAAACAUGGAGACAAGGAAAAAGAAGAAGAAGCUUAA